AUGUCUAGUGUAAUACUAUAUGCCUCGAAGCAAAUUUUUAAGAGAGCUUUAAAAAAUGACGAUGAAUUAGAUACCGAUCCCGACGUUUCAACCCCCGAUGAAGACCCUUUGGAAGAUACUAACCCGGUAGAAAACGAAAUUUUCUCUUCUUGGGCAUUAUUCAUUUUGUUAUUUUUAUUAUGCUCUGCGUUGUGGUCUUCAUAUUUCUUACAACAAAGAAGAAUCAAAGCCAUUCAUGAAACGGUUUUAUCGAUUUUUUACGGGAUGAUUGUAGGUUUAAUCAUUCGUAUUAGCCCAGGUCAUUAUAUCCAGGAUGCGGUCAAAUUCAACCUGGGUUACUUCUUCAAUAUCUUAUUACCGCCAAUCAUUUUGAAUUCGGGUUAUGAAUUACAUCAAGCUAAUUUUUUCAGAAAUUUGGGGUCGAUCCUAACUUUUGCUAUUCCCGGUACUUUUAUCAGUGCUUUGGUCUUGGGGAUAAUUCUUUAUAUCUGGACCGCCCUUGGCUUAGAUGGUGUAAGUCUUGAAUUCGUUGAUGCUUUGGCAGUUGGGGCUACUUUAUCCGCUACAGACCCAGUUACAAUUUUAUCUAUUUUUAAUGCCUAUAAAGUUGAUCCAAAAUUAUAUACAAUUAUCUUUGGUGAAUCUUUACUUAAUGAUGCUAUUUCAAUUGUUAUGUUUGAAACUUGUCAAAAAUUUCAUGGUCAUCCAGUUAAAUUCUCUUCUUUUUUUGAAGGUAUCGGAUUAUUCUUAAUGACUUUCACCAUCUCAACCAUAAUUGGUAUCCUAAUCGGUAUCCUUGUGGCUCUUAUCUUGAAACAUUCUCAUAUUAGAAGAUACCCUCAAAUUGAAACUUGCUUGGUUUUAUUGUUUGCAUAUGAAUCAUAUUUUUUCUCAAAUGGUGCUCAUAUGUCAGGUAUUGUAUCUUUACUUUUCUGUGGUAUAACUUUAAAACAUUACGCCUAUUUCAAUAUGUCAAGAAGAACUCAAAUUGCAACAAAAUAUAUCUUUCAAUUAUUAGCCCAACUUUCUGAAAAUUUCAUCUUCAUUUAUUUAGGUUUAUCUCUUUUCACUGAAGUUGAAUUGGUUUUCAAACCUCUUUUAAUCAUUGUCACUUUUAUUCUGAUUUGUGUGGCUCGUUGGUCUGCGGUUUUCCCAUUAUCAAGAUUCUUAAAUUUCUUGUAUAAAGCAAGAUUUGAAAAAUUUAAUAAUAGAUUGGCUUCAAAUGGUGGUAUUUCUUCUCAAUCUUUACCAGAUGAAAUUGGUCAUUCUUAUCAAAUGAUGAUUUUCUGGGCUGGUUUAAGAGGUGCUGUUGGUGUGGCUUUAGCAAUGGGUAUUCAAGGUGAUGCUAAAUGGACUUUAUUAGCUACUGUUCUAGUGGUGGUUGUAUUAACCGUUAUUUUAUUCGGUGGUACUACUGCUUCAAUGUUGGAAAUUUUAGGAAUUAAAAUUGGUUGCGUCGAUGAAAAUGAUAAUUCGGAUGAUGAGUUCGAUAUUGAAGCUCCCCAAUUACCUCUUAAUGUUAUGGGUAAUAGGAAACUGCAACAACCAGCAAAUAACGUUAGGUACCAAUCGGGAGUUUAUAACGAUGAUUCAAUAAGAUCCCGUACCGGCUCCAAUGUUAGCUUAUCCUCAAUUAAAGCUUCUAAUGAUUCUUCUGCUUCGGUUAAUGACGUUGAUGAAUUCAAUACCGAUGGAGUCGAUGAUUUAUUCCCUAACUCGAGUGGCAAUCCUCCUAUCGAUACUUCAAACCCUGAAACCGCUCAUGCUGCUGCUGUUGCAUUAGCUAAUAAUUCAAGCUCUGGGGUCUUGGGUGCCUUUUUAAGUGCUGAAGAACAUGCCAAGUGGUUUACUAGGUUUGAUGAACAAGUCUUGAAACCAGUCUUAUUGGACAAAUUGCCAAAUCAACAUAAACGUAAUGAUAAUGGAAACAGUGAUGGUGAUGUAUGA